UCUUCCAAUGCGCUUGAAGGAGGCACAGUCCCCAAGAUACUGGCUAAGUUGCCUCGUUGGACCAGCCAGACUCGCUCUCUGUGCAAAGUACCAGCCAGCCUUAGCAUCAUGUGUAAUCUCCUUCGAGCGUUUGGAGCUUUCUGUUAAAAAUUUCUUUGCUUCAGGGCCCCAAGGGCCCAUCGUCUCAACCGCGAAAGGCAAAAAAGAAUAAGAAGACCCCAAACCCGAAUACUCAGUUAAAUCCAAGAUAUUAUGUGGUACCGGUUAAGCAUUCACAAAAACAUUUAAAUGUCGUAUUACUACUAGUAAAAGGAAAAAACAUCGUGCUUAAAGGAUCAACAGGUUUUUGUCAACCAACUCUAUUGUGUUACUACUUAAACAUAUGAGAAAAGCUGUUGCGAGCGUAUAACAAAUAAUUAAUCGCCAACACGCGAUCAGCUAUGGCGGUUCUGUGUGUCUUGACAUAGCCUUGUCAUUAUUACUGUAAUAUUAUUUGUUCAUUUUAAUUAAUUUGUUGAUUUAAAUUAUUAUUUUAUCCAAGAAUUUAGUUUUCUGUAGUUUCAUUAUUGUGUUAGUGCCUGUGUUAUUUUUUUUUUUUUUCAAUAAAUAUAACCGUUUAGUUUCCAAGUAAUAUUUUUUUACUGAAGUCGAAUUUGUGUUGUGCGAACAAAAAAACAGAAAACAAUGCUGGCUAAAUAUACAAAGACAAUAUUUUCGGUCUCCGUUGCAUUUCUCGUCGUGUCCAUCGUUUUGGCUACAUGGGGCUUCCCAAAAAUCAUCAGAAAACAGAUCCAGAAGAACGUUCAGAUAUCAAACACUUCGAAGAUGUACGAUAAAUGGGUGAAGCUCCCGAUGCCUUUGGACUUCAAAAUCUACGUUUUCAAUGUGACCAACCGCGACGCUAUUAAUCAAGGAGAAAAACCGAAUCUAAAGGAAAUUGGACCCUAUGUGUACAAACAGUACAGGGAGAAAAUUAUAUUGGGUUACGGCGAUAACGAUACUAUUAAAUAUAAUCUAAAGAAAACAUUCGUGUUCGAUCCUGUAGCUUCGGGCGACCUGAGGGAAGACGACGAACUCACUGUCAUCAAUUUCUCUUACAUGGCUGCGAUUAUAUCAGUCCAAGAAAUGAUGCCAGCUGCUGUCGGAAUGAUCAACAGAGCAUUAGAACAAUUUUUCACCAACCUCACCGACCCGUUCCAGACCGUCAAAGUGAAAGAUCUCUUCUUCGAUGGCUUAUUUCUGAACUGCGAAGGAGAUAAUACAGCUUUAGGGUUAAUCUGCGGCAAGAUUCGUGCGGAAAAGCCUCCAACGAUGAGAAUAUCGAAAAGCGCCAAUGGAUUUUAUUUCUCCAUGUUCUCUCAUAUGAACCGUACAGUCUCUGGGCCAUACGAGAUGGUUCGUGGUACUGAGAAUCUAUCGGACUUAGGGCAUGUUAUUUCAUACCAAGGAAAGCGGAUAAUGUCAGCGUGGGACGACCAAUACUGCGGUCAGCUGAAUGGUACAGACUCGACUAUUUUCCCGCCACUCGAAGAUGGGAACAUUCCGGAGAAACUUUAUACGUUUGAACCGGACAUAUGCAGAUCGCUGUUCGCAAGUCUUGUAGGGAAAGAUACCCUUUUCAACAUCAGCACUUAUUAUUACGAAAUAUCUGACAUGACUCUGGGUUCGAAGAGCGCUAAUCCUGACAACAAAUGUUUCUGUAAAAGAAACUGGAGCGUGAAGCACGACGGAUGUCUCCUCAUGGGCGUGCUGAACUUAGCGCCUUGCCAAGGAGCUCCUGCCAUUGCUUCCUUACCGCAUUUCUACUUGGGCUCUGACGAACUAGCUGACUUUUUCGGUGACGGAAUUAAGCCUGACAAAGAGAAGCAUAACACUUAUGUUCACCUAGAUCCAAUAACUGGAGUAGUAAUAAAAGGUGUGAAACGUCUUCAGUUCAACAUAGAACUUCGCAAUGUACCAUCGGUGCCACAGCUCAAAGAAGUACCCUCAGGGCUGUUUCCUUUGCUCUGGAUUGAAGAGGGAGCGGAAAUACCAGAGUGGUUACGCAAAGAAAUAAUGGACUCGCACACGAUGCUGUGGUACGUGGAUGCCGCCCGUUGGCUCGUGCUGGCGGUGGCUGUGGUGGCGGUGCUGGUGUCGGCUACGCUGGUGGCGAGAUCAGCAGCUCUCAUACCGUGGCCUCGCAACAGCAACUCAAUCAGUUUUAUAUUAGGAAACAGUGUUAAUACAAGUAAAGUACAUUCGUAGAUUA